GGAUCCCACGCGCCGAGGCCGUUGAGGGCGACUUUAACCCUCCCCUGAGCUCCCCAUUGCCCCAGGCCACCGAGGAAGCCAGACUCGAUGGCCCCGCUUCUGCCCCUGCUCCUGUUCCUGCUCCUGCCCCGGCUCCUGCUCCUGCCCCAGCUGGGGAUGGAUUCGCGGGAAGAAUGCCUGUGGAAAGUGGCGCUGAAUAAAUUUGACAACUUGGGCGGGGAGAAGGAUGUCAUGUUUAAAGUGAAGCCGGUGAGGCACGUGGCUGAGAUCUUCAAGAAUCUAGGGGAAUCCGCUAUCGACCCCAAGGACAGCAUGUUCUACAUGGGCUUCCCUUAUUACCUGAAGAUCAGUUUUACCUGCUACCAAGAGAACAAGGCCGCGAUCAUCCGGAAGGGUUACCUGACCGGCCUGAAGCCCAUCGCCCUGGUGGCCUUCCAGUCCCCCUUGAACACCAAGAAAUGGAAACCGGAGCAGCUGGAGAUCGAGAUGGAGGCGGCCCCCUACCCAAUCCAGAAUUGCAAGUUUGACGAACUCUGCUCCCUGAACUGGUUCACGCCCAUGCCCAUAAAGAAUGGCAGUGUGGUGAUGAAAGUGAAGAUCUACAGCAAUCACCUCGGCCUGUCCGUGGAGGAGAAAACGUUCUCCAUAAAUAUCAACGGAUUCGUAGAGCAGAGGAAGGAUGGCGUGACGUCUUCCUUAGGGGAAGAGGUACAGAAUUGGCCCCUGUUCAUGAUGGAGAGUGCUAAGUCACAGCCGAUAUGGUCGACCCAUAACCACGCCCCGGUUCUGAUCCUGGGCGGCAUCCACAACCAGAAGAUAGUACUGCUGUCCGACACCGCCUUCGAGGACUUCACCAUGGUGGAGCUGGCCAUCGACAGCUGCUGGCUGGGGUCCAUCAGCUGCCCCCAGAUAGAGUCUUCUUCCACCAUCCUGGAUGCCAUCGCCAUGGAGAGCACCCUCUUCAUCCGUCAGAACCAGCUCAUCUACUACUUCACCGGCAAUUACUAUCUCCGUGCCAGAUCCCGAAGGUGGACCCGGACCCUGCACAAUCUGUGCAUCAAGAAGCUCUGCCCCGUCUUUUUCCCCAGUAACGGUACCGAGCACGUGCUCGCUCUGGGAGCGGGCAACGAAGAAGGGUAUAUCUUUUUUGGAAGCGUCAAAGACGGCAAAGUGGAUUUUGUCCGGACCCCGCCUAAUAAAAACGUGUGUGACCGCCUGAAAAUGUUUCCAUGCUACAUCGAGUGGGCCCUGUAUGACUCGGAGAAUUUUGAAUUCUACUUCCUGAUGAAGACGCUCUUGGAGAACAAGACCAGAUUCUUCAUCCUAAAUUACUUCCCAAGCACCGACAGACUGCAAGUGAACUAUGAAAUCCCAGCCUUCAUCCCUGAAGGAUACAACUACAGUUUUGUGAUGCUGCUGGGUUUGGAGACAUACUCAACCAAACCCCUCAUUCCCAAGGGUAUAUCCUACAACCCCUUCACCGACCUCUUCUUCAUCUGGGGCAAUGCCAUCCUGCAAAGCUACGACCGAAUCAACUACAUCUUCCUGUCCGAGUUCCAAGGCCCGUCACCCAUCAAGUACUUCAUCAGCUCCUUCCGAGGGGAAAUUGCCUUCGUCACGGAGAACGAGGAGAUCUGGUACUUCUUCGAGGGCAGCUAUUCCAUCUUCCGGCUUUGCCCGUCCGAGGGCUGGCAAGUGUUCCUGGACAUGCAGCACAUCCAGAAUGGGGAAGACUACAGCCCAAAUGAGACCAUGAUCAGUCUCUUCUUCGACCACGAAGGGCUACAGCAGCUGGUGUACAUUUUCGAAGAAGACGUGACACAACAUCGGAGCAGGAAAAAGCUGAUAAAGCGGAAGUUCCCCAUCUCCAGGGUGCUGGAAUACCAACAGCUUGGCAUGUUCUCCUACAACGUGGAGAUACUUGAGUCUAAAAGAUUCAUCAACUUUGCCAGUGUGUGCCCCUUCAUUUCCAUGAGGAUAGAGGACCUACCCGCCCCCCAGCGCUACACCCGCCAGGAACGCUACCGAGCCCAGCCCCCCGAUGUCCUGCACCCCUUGGGCUUCCACACCAACGUGUCCCUGGCCAUCUACCAGGGCCUGGUCUACCACCUGCUGUGGCUCCACUGGAAAUACAAUAAACCUUAUGCCGAUCCUGUCCACGACCCCACUUGGAGCUGGUGGAGGAAUAAAAAGAGUUACCAGGAUUAUUACACCUACCUGGCCAGCAACUGGAAGAGCCAGGGCGGAGUGCAUAUCAACAUGGAACACUACAGCAAGAUCUACCACCUGUCCCCCCAAAAACAACUGCCUGAGAGCAUCUACCUGGACAAGGGCAACGACUAUGCCUUCUCCAUCUUCAUCAGCACUGAUCUAGGGGGAUGCAGUCUCACGGCCCGGCAGUGUCCCAACCUCCUGGGGACUGAGCGGCGAGAAUUCCAGCGUUUCUCCCAUUACGUGCGCCUGGCGGGGAUGGUGUCCCACCCGAAGUGCCUAGCUCUGACCAUGGUGCGCAAGGAUCUGAUCAGCAGGAACGCCAUCCGGUACCAGGUGACCAUAAGUGACAGGCACAUGUGUUUUGGACAAGACCUAAGCGGGGCAAACCUAAUGAUGACCUCUGCGUUAUUCAAAAUUGUCGGGUCGGCAGGAAACUGUUUCAAGAAAACCAGCAGGGGAACCAAGAUGCAGGGACACAACAUGAUUUCGGUCUUCAUCGGCUGCCCGCCUGGCAAGAGGCUGGCCUUCGACAUCACCUACACCAUGGAGUACACCAGUACCAAGAACAAGCACUUCUUUGACUGCACCUACCAUGUUCCUGAGAUGCCCUGCUUCCUCUUCAAGGAUGUUUUCUACCCCUUUUUCUUGAUCCAGGACAUGGUCACAGGCGAGUCGGGCCGGUUCACCGGCAGCUACAUCCUGAAAGUCAUCGGCGGAGGCCCCUCCAUGGCAGAGAUCCGAGAUUACUCCGAGGAGGAGAUUUCACAGUACAACAAACCGGAAGAGAGCAGUCCUAGUUUGAUCUGGGAAGCCCUGGAAAAAACCUCCGAGAAGAAGAAGAAACUCAACAUCAUGUCUUGGAAAAACCCUGGGAUCGUGUGGCUGUGCCUUCAGAAAUCUCCGUGCCACGAAAUCAUCCCUAAAGGGUUCUCCCCACCCGAGUUCUACCUCAAACUGAUGGUGACCAACAGGGACGUGGAUAACAGCACGUACUGUGACUACCACCUCAUCUUCAUCCUGCACCUCCAUGGGCUCCCGUUCAGCUCAGGCCCGGCCGUCAACUACCUGAUGGUGUCGACUGGGUUUUUCCUCGGACUCAUCGUCCUCUACGUUUUCUGCCAAUUGAUAAAAGCAAAGGUGACAGAGACCUGGAAUCAGAUCAAGAAAAGGAUCCAAGAAAUGACCACCUUCCGCUCAGAGAGCUUCUUCUCCUCUUCGCCUUCGUCCUCCAGCUCCAGCCUCCAGCCCCGUUCCAGUUCUCGAGCCACCAGCAUCCAAAGUCAGCACCCCAGUGAAUCCCCUUGGCCCUCCCGACUACGUUGGCCCAACCCGUGGCGCGCCACCCACCCCUCCAUCUACCCCAUCCAGAAGCAGGAGGAGAAGCAGGAGUGAAGAACAGCCCAAGCCAGACCCCUUCUGUCUCCACCCGCUUCGACGCCCGGCUAGGAGGUGCCCUGGGACUGACAAAUGCCCCCCUCGCCUUCCCACCUCUCGCCCUCCUUCCCUUCCUUUCUGUUUGCUCUGCCUCUCCCCUUAUCACCCGGAUCCCCUGCCCCCCGUGACCCCAAGUGUUCAAUAAAACUGUUUGUGACUGA